AUGAAAAGACUAAGUUGGAGGUGUACACUACUAUGGCUAAAAUACGGUGGAAUAUUGGAGAGUUCGCUUGCUGCUAUUGUCGUUUGUUUGGACACUCGAUGCUCCGUUAGCGAGCUAACGACGGGACUACGAAAUAAACACGGAGCCGUGUUCUACACAAAUGCUACGGACGAAGCUUCAGCGGGGCGAAUUCUCGCCCGUUCGCUAAUUUCAGCUCCAUUGGAUAAGGCUCAUGGCGAUCAGUCUCAAUGGAUCUAUUUCGACGAUCUAACAACAGUGGAUCAAGCCGAUUUAAUGUUGCUAACUUCAGGACCGGUCAACGGAACUUCUGCUCCGCCCCAAAACAACUUGCCCCUUCCACUAGACUUGUUGAGCGCACACAUUGAUGAUGCUAGCAAAGGUCAGCGGUCAGCCGAUACGUAUUCUCUGCAUUCACCAUGGCUUGAGAGACGCUCAGAUGAAGCUAUGGGCACGAGUUCUGUGCACGAGGCCUUCAUACCGCCAAUAAUGGAAACGGAAGAGGAAUACGGGGGAGCGCUCAAGCGCGCAGACAACACUGCACCAAGCCUGCCACUGUUUGUAGACUCUGGGUUAAUGCCACCAGAGGCUUUCCAGAGCACUGGUCAACUCAGUCAUCAGGCCUUUGUAGUCGAGUCUGAAAGCAAGGAAACGGCAACAAGUCAAGCAAUGGAAGAACAAUCACAAAGAGAAGUUGGUUAUAUCGUAGGAUCAGCGUACAGUGGACCCGAGUUUCGCCUGCAAGAAACCCCUGCUUUUGAGAAACCACCAGUUUUUGCAAUGCAGAAUAUCACGUUGCUGCCAGAUCAGUACAGAAAGCCAAUUGCCGCAGCACUUCGAUCAUUUACUGCAAGAAUGCAGGAAGCCGCUGUGGAAUAUUGCAAAAAAAAUCAUUUGAACUGCACACAGGAAGAGGCAUUGCAUACUGCAAUAUCUGUGGCCAUAAGAACAUCGCCGGUGGCUUCGAUGUUCAGGCAGAUUUCAGCUUCGCUAAGUGCACUCGAGGGGGCGGUGACUGGGGCUUUGCGACCUCUAGGUUGGCCGCUGGACCCAAGAUCUCCCGAAAAUCCUCCACCUCCACCAAAACCCCCAGCAGAGACAACUGCGGUAGUCCAGUUUGCUUUUUCACUAGUGGGCACCGCUGUGGCCCUGCUGCGGGGCCUUAUCCAUGUUACACAAUCUUCUACACCCCUGGCACCUGGAGACACACACCUGCACGAACACCACCGAUACAUUCUGCUAAAUAUAUUACUUGCCGGAAGAGAAACCACUGGUUGCUCACUGACAGCGCCUCCAAACUUGACAUCAAAUUGCAAGACUUUCCUCAUUGAGGUUCGGGCGCGCACAGACAAUCGCAGAGCCUGUGGUGCUGUCCAAGGUGGCAAUGUGAAGUCCCUAACUGUGCACGGUUUUGAGUUGUCGUGUCUUUCUUCCCUAAAGUGCACCCAGCACUUUACUCUGCGCCAACCGUACAAUUUGGACGGCGAUUACACCGUGGUGUCGAGUUCCGGCGGCGUUCUUGAGUUCGAGAAAAAAGUGUCUAAUGACUCCCUACAACCAAUAGCCUCGUCGUGGAAGCUCUAUCUCUAUCAACCUGCGUCCCACCCCGACGUCAAGGGACCCCUUAAGUCUGCAGUGGUCGCCUGUAGCCCUCUGCCGGUAAGAUCCGGCCGUAGUAUGGUACAUUCCGAGUCACACGAGUCGCCUUGCAGGUCACUGAUGCUACAACCGGACCAAUUGCCUACAUGCAAGAAGCAGCGCUUGCAUCCCUGA